ACAAGCCAUCAUGGAUGACGACCCAUUCCAAGAAGAGGAUGAGCUCGAUGACCUCGCUGCAGAGGAUAUCAUGAUGAUAAUGAAUCCUGAAUUGAAGAGGAGAAGGGGUGGGGCGACGACCAAGACAUUAGAAGAAGCCAGUGCUAUCAUCCAGGCUCACGUUGAGAAGGUUUCUCCGGAAGGGAUGCUGGGUGAUGCCAAAAAAGAUGCCGAAAAUCAGGAGGAAGUAUAUCGAACACCUUUACAACGCUUCCGUGCCAUCGCUAACACAGUCAAGCACAAUCUGAAGUGGUCAAAGCUUCUUUCUAGUGAGGAAGAUUCCAAGUCAUUCACGGUUCGUCAAUCUGAUGGGACUGAGGAAAACACUCUUACCUUCGAUGUCAAUGCAUUCAAAUCAAACGUCCAGUCGAUGAGUACAUUGCCCCCCAGGGCUAAGAAUAUCAUGAUCAAGAAUUCAUGGGAGAGAACGAAAGACGAGCUCCAGUAUCUCUUUGGCUUCGUUGAUAGGUUGAAAUGUUUUGACCGAUACUCGACGACCAUCCGACAUGAAUUAGCUGCUGUGAUCUACUAUGAUUCCUUUGAGGCUGGUCGAGUGAUCGUUCGUCAAGGACAUCCUGGUCUUGCCUUCUAUUUCAUUCUCUCUGGAUCCGUCAUCGUUGAAGUCAGUGAGACUGAUAAAAGAACGGGUGAAACAAACACGAGACAGAUGGGGGAAACCUAUGCAGGGGCAAGUUUUGGAGAACUUGCUCUACUCCAUGGUACGAAACGCGGUGCUUCUAUUAGAUGUAAAGUUGACUCUGAAUUUCUUCGUUUGGAUAAGCCCGAUUUUGACAUGGUUUUACGUCGUAGCUACCAGCAGGAAUGGGACAAUAGAUUCAAAGCAUUGAGUUCACUAUCAACAUUUAGUGAAUGGACAGAUGAUGAACUAAUAGCUACUAACGAUAGAGCGAAGGUUAUUGAAUAUCCAUCAAACGCCGUCAUCGUGAGUGACCUGCAAGAUGCACCUGACGAUGUCUACUUCAUCAUGUCUGGUGAUGUCAAGAUUGUCAGGGAGGUGGUACUCCUACAGAACAAACUACCAUUCGGUAGAGUCAAGCUAACUCCCCCUCCCCUUGAUGCAAACCACGGGGUGUCACCUGACUUUAAACUCGAGAAAUACCAGAAACUGGUUCGCAAGCUUCUGCAUAUUGCCACUAUUGGGAAGGGGGACUUCUUCGGGGUUGGCGAAGAUCUACGUAAGACGCAUUUGAUCGCCGCACACAAGACCGAAGUCAUGCUCGUAUCGAGAGUAGCAUUCAUGCGUCAUGAUCGUGGCAAAUGCCUCCUUCCGAUGAAGCAAGAAGUCGAGGAGCUCUUCCCGACAUACGACGAGACCUUCGCUGGAUACCUCGUCGACAAGAGAUGGCGUGCUUACAAACGAAAUCUUGUGAAAGAAGUUGCUAGCAGACGACAGUUUCCAAAUAAAACCACCAUUGAGGAUGUUCCUCUUAUUCUUCGGCGGGAAAACUCACUGUCAACGAAAUAAUGACUUGCUAGGUCUUAUCUUGGACCUACUGGAUUGAAUUUAACGACAUAAGCUUUGUCAAGAAGGGAAGAUACUUCAUGGAAUGGUGGGAUCGUUUUCAAAGUGCAUAUCAAUUCCUGUUGUCACGGUUAUUUACCUUACAAAAAAGGAAUGUGUUAUCAAAGUCAUGAAUUUCCACGAUUUAAGAGUCACACGGUGCCAUUAGAAACUUGUUAUAUGAACAUAAAAACUCAGGAGGAAAUAGAAGAGUUGAAUGAUUGGAAGAGGUAUACAGGUGCAAUCGGUGUAAAACAACUCGAUAUAGCUGCGUAUCAUAUUCCUAUUGCAAUAGGAAAAAAUCUCUUUAUUCAUUUAAAAAAUCGUGUAUUUGUAUUCAUCGUUGAUAUCAAUUUACGUACAUUAUAUUGUCUUAUUUUCUCUUUCAUGCAAUUGAUACUUAUACAUUUCUAUUUUAACGUUUAUAAUUCUAUUCAUUUGAACUUUUUGUUAACAUUUUUAAUAUUGCAUGGAAGUCCUUUAUGUGAAUAAAUAAAAACAGAAAGAUUAUAAUAAAAAUUAAGGUAACAAACAGUCAACAGCGUUGUUUGCUCUAUAUUUUUUUGAAAGAUCUUUAUCCAUCCUUCCAAUAGAAUAAAAUUUUCUUGUAUUUUUCAUCACAAUACUACAGGUCCAUAUCAUACAUUAUUAUGGAUAUAAUGAAUAUUAUAUACCAAUCGAAGAAAUAUAGGCCUUGGCGUGUUACUAUGGUUGAUUGGGGAAACUAUCGAUGAUAGUUGCCGUAAAUGAUCCUCCACUCACCUUUGUAUAAGUUUUCGAGAAUAUAUAGAAAUUCGAUGAUCAACUGCAAAAUUCUAUCAAAACAUUAA